UUUACGGAUUCGUUGAAUGGAGUGGAGCAUAUCUUCCAUUUGGCGUCUCCAAUGCCCGGGAAAGACUCUGAUUUUCAGGCUGACUAUGUCCGUCCGGCGGGGGAAGGAACUGAGGCGAUUCUUCACGCCGCGCUCAAUUUCCCCCAGAUCAAAAAGGUUAUUGUCAUGUCCUCAGUUCUAGCAUUACUGCCUCCCACCGCAGCUGGUUCCAAGGAAGUUUCAGUUACUGAUAACACUGGAGAUAUCAUUCCAAUCGAGCGCGAUAUGGAAUUCUCAGAGUGGUUCGCAGGACAUGGAGUGAAAUACUCAGCCUCCAAGAUUCUCGCUCACCAAGCAACCCGGAACUUCCUGACGGACUUCCAACCCCACUACACACUGAUUACUUUCCACCCGACAUUUGUGCUGGGCGAUAGUCUUGUACAAAUAAUGCUACGGAAAUUGGUGGCAUGAACGCACUUUUCUGGUCCUCGCUAUUUUCGAAUGAACCAACUCUCAAAAAUGCGUGGGUCCACGUUCGUGACGUUGCAGAGGCUCAUGUCAGAGCGCUCAGUUUGUCUAUCGAAACUGGGAUCGAAUUUCUUCUUUCCGCUCCUCCAGUGAGCUGGAGAAAGGCUGCUAAUUUUAUCAGGAGAACUUACCCGGAACUGGGAUGCAAAAUCCAGCCACCGAUCGAGGGCGGAUGGGAGGUUGAUACUUCGAAUGCUGAUCGAGUUCUGGGAAUUGCUUGGCGACCGAUGGAAACGAUAAUCAAGGACAUUGUGACUCAACAGCUGGCAUUGAGAGAGAGAGAGCCUCUGGUCUCUAAAUGACAUGAAUUGGUGGUGGACAUGAUCGCAGAACAGAAAUGAUACAGAAGAUUGCAGUUUUUC